AUGGCGACGCGGCUCGUCGCUUCUCCGCGUCCGCAGGCGCUGUAUAGCAGACGGCUCGGCGCGCAGCGGGCGCAGGCACGGACGGCGCCGCGCGCGGCCGCGGCGCCGCUCGUGGAGUUCGUCGCGAAGGUCGCCGGCGACGCGCUGGCGGGGCCAGCCGCGGCGGCGCGCAUGGCGGAGGUCGCGGCGACGCCUGGCUGCCAGGUGACCGCUGAGGCCUGGGCGCUCAGCAACGACGCGGAAAUCAUCUUCGCGUCCACGCUGUACGUCGUCGCGAUCCCGUUCAUCUCGCUCGCGACGACGAUGCUCGUGGACGCCAUCUGGGGCGGCGGCGCGCAGGAGGAGGACGCCGACGCCGCCGCACACGACUACGCCCACGCGCCGCAGCGCUCGAGGCGGCCGCCGCCGCACCUGCGCAACUUCGAGCUCCAGAUGGCCGCGUACGGCGCCGCGAGCAUGGUCGUGGACCGGGCCCGGGCGGCGCGGGCGGCUGCGUCGCGGCGCAAGGCGAGCGCGACGGCGGGGGUGUCGGACCUGACUCAGUCUGUCGACGGUGCGCUGGACGCGGCGCAGCAGGUGUGGAUCCGGCACGAGGUGGCGAGCACCGCGCUGGAGGCGGCGCAGGGCGUGCUGGAGACGUGGCACGAGUGGGAGCGGGAACACCGCCUCGACCGGCGCGCCGCGGGGCGUGACUAG